GUCCAACCUUGGUUUAGCAGAAAGGACUAUUUUGUAAGAAGUUACGACAUCGUUUGUUUGUCAAAGUUCAAUCGACGGGCAGAUGGAGACUUUACACAGUUUUCUGGGUUUCGACUGGAUAGAUGGCAGCAGUGUUUUAAUAUUUCUGCUCGUUUUUCUGCUGUUGUUCGAUGUUUGGAAGAACAGAGUUCCGAAGAACUUCCCACCUGGUCCGCGGCCUCUGCCUGUGAUCGGAGACCUUCACCGCAUCAGACCCUCCAGACUUCACCUGCAGCUCACUGAGUUUGCAGAGAAAUAUGGAAAUGUUUUCAGCCUUCGUCUGUUUGGUGGAAGGGUUGUGGUCAUUAACGGCUACAAACUGAUGAGAGAAGCCCUGGUUGACAAUGGAGAGGACUACACCGAUAGACCAAUUGUGCCAUUUUUUGAAGCUAUAGUUGGGAAUAAAGGUCUUGUGAUGUCCAAUGGUUCUUCUUGGAAGCAGCAGAGGAGGUUUGCUCUUCACACUCUCAGGAACUUUGGUUUGGGUAAGAAGACUCUGGAGCUGUGCAUCCAGCAGGAGUGUCACUACCUCACUGAGGCUAUAGCGCUUCACCAAGGAGAACCUUUCAACACCCAGUCAUUGAUAACCAAUGCUGUGUCCAACAUCAUUUGCUGCCUGGUGUUUGGGGAAAGAUUUGAAUACAAUGACAAACAAUACAAGUACAUUCUAAAGACCCUUAAUGACAUAAUAUAUCUACAGGGAAGUAUGUGGCUCCAGGUCGCCAACGCAUUACCUUGGCUAAUGAUGUACCUGCCUGGACCUCACAAGAGGAUCUUCACUCUGGUAGAUGAGGUAACUGACUUCAUAAAACUUAAGAUCAAGGAGCACAAAGAAAACCUGGAUCCCUCCUCACCCAGAGAUUACAUUGACUCCUUCCUCAUAGAAAUGGGAGAGAAGGAGGAUGAGGAUUCAGGUUUUGAUUUAAAAAAUUUGUGCUUUUGCACAAUGGACCUGUUUGGUGCUGGAACUGAAACUACCACCACUACUUUACACUGGGGACUGUUGUACAUGAUCUACUACCCUCACAUACAAGAGCGAGUCCAGGCUGAGAUAGAUGCUGUGGUUGGUUCCUCCAGACAACCUUCUGUGUCUGACAGAGACAACAUGCCCUACACUAAUGCUGUCAUCCAUGAGAUCCAGAGACUGGGUAACAUUGUUCCCCUUAAUGUGAUGCGCAUGACAAGCAAAGACACCACCUUUGACAAGUACACAAUCCCAAAGGGCACGAUUAUCCUGGCCACACUGAACUCUGUCCUGCAUGAUCAGAAUAUGUGGGAUACUCCACACUCCUUCAACCCUCAACACUUUCUAGACCAGGAUGGUAAAUUUAGAAAGCAUGAGGCCUUCCUUCCUUUUUCAGCAGGUAAGCGUGUGUGUCUCGGGGAACAACUGGCCAGGAUGGAGCUGUUCCUCUUCUUCACCUCCCUCCUUCAGAGGUUUUCCUUCUCACCAGCUCCUGGAGAACAGCCCAGUCUGGAGUUCAAGAUGGGAGCGACUCGCUGUCCCAAACCGUACCGCCUCUGUGCUGUACCACGAUGAAAUGUCCCAACGUGAAGCCUCUCUGUGUCACAACACAAUUUAUUACUGUACUUUUAUAUUGAUUUUUGACACAGCUACAGUCUCUUCUACUUUUCAUUACUCAAAUUUUGGGAAUCAUAAAGAUUUUCAUUUUUAAGUAUACUGUCAAAAUACAUACUGAUCAUAAAGGACAUAUUAUGAGGCCCCAAAAUACUUUUACUCAAAAGGUUUUGUGAUUUAUCCAGAAAACAGGUUUUGUGAGUCCAGCUUAUCCUAUAUUCUCCAUAAAAAGUGCCCAAUAAUGAUAAAAAUUGUGCAACAAUAAAAUGAUUUAGUAUCUUGUAUGCACUGCAUGAUUUGACUUGUUAGUAUAUUUUUAAAGUUAUAGUAUGUACUGUAUAUAAACUGUAAUAUGCAUAUUUUCGGGAGUCAUGCCUCCCCCCUUGCAAAAUGUUUUGUGCUUUUAUUUUUAAGUUUAGGUAUAUGUGAGCAAGCGGGACAUCUUACACACACAAAUAAAGAGAAUAAAUAUGAAAUAAAGGAAAAUGUGAAUAUUAUGA